UAAACAGCAUCAUGGCGUCGUCUGAAGACUUGGAUGUGACACCCGAAGAACUUGAGCGCAUUUCUAAAGCUCUAAAAGACGAAAAAUUCAGGCAGCUCUUUGUCGAAUAUGCUCAAGAGAUAUCUGACCCCGAGAACAGAAAGAAAUAUGAGGAAGAAAUAGCUCAGUUGGAGAAAAAUCGUGGCACUGAUGUGGUGUUCGUUCACCCUGAGCCUGGAUACGUUAUCAAAACAAACGUGAACGGGGAGCAGAAGGCGUUCAUAAACGUGUGCAAGAGCGACAAAAUCGCCAAACCGACCGCUGCCAAUGCGCGGCGUGCCGAUGGGUGCCUGGGGACGCAGUGGUCGGUGCCCCACAGCCUGGCCCCAGGCAGGGAAGACCUGGACAAGAGUGGGCAAAAGUGCGUGGUGUACGAUUGUGUGUUUCAUCCGGAUUGUUUUCAAGCUGCCGAGAAGGAAAAGAGACUCGUGAAUGUGAUGGACGACACUGCUCUCAGUAGCAUUGAGUCCAACUUCAACAUUAAACUGGAUCGACAAAAUGUUACAAAAAUGAAGAAUUUGAAAUUCAAGGGACAACCCCGACCAACUGUGCUACGAACUAAGAGCAAAAGCGGGCCGUCUGGUGAAACAGAUGCCUUGAAAGAUUUCAACAUAGAAUAUCCUUACAAAGACGCUAACAAGAAAAAUGCAAAGGGAGGAAGCAAUCUACCUGCCAAGUCUGCUUCAAAGAUUUCAGGCACGCGCAACACAUCCAGUGAUAAUCUCUCUGAUCCAAUUGAGCCCAAGUACAGCAUUAUCCACAGAGGGCAUUUUGACAUGCAACAUUUUACCAAUGCGCCCGAUUCCAUGCCGACCACCCGUCCCCACGAACUCAUUGUCAAGAUACAGCUGCCCCUCUUAAAGUCGAUAGCAACGGUCCAGCUGGAUGUCUUCGAGAAGCGGAUUGCCCUGGAGUGUCAGAAGCCAGCUUCUUACAAGCUCAACCUGGUCCUUCCCUAUCCUGUCAACCAAGAGAAGGGAGCUGCUAAGUUUGACAAGAGCAAGUCCUGCCUGACCAUCACCCUUCCCGUCCUGCCACCCGAGAUUCCUGAGCUGCCAUCCUUUGCUCCAGAGCCACAGGGCGUUUCUCUGGUGGAAGAAAUCCCGCAGAUCAAUGAGACAGAAAAAGAACCAGGAGAAUACUCCAUCGCAGUUGAAAACAGAGACAAGGGAGCACACAAAGAUGCUUCUCCAAAUGAGGAAAGCGCCUGUGACCAGCUAGAUAAGUCCAGAACUUUCACUAGCAGUGAUGCAACAGACAAUGCCGAUAAAGCUCCUCCUGAAAAUCAGGAGGAGCAAGGUCAGCUACCAAGUCAAGAAGAAGUCGCUCUUGAACAAGAUGACAGAGAAGUUGCCGAAGAAGACAGCACUCCUGAAGAGAAAGCAUCUCAGGAUGCCUCAUCUGAGAUGGAAAGAGAUGAGGAGCAUUGCCCUGACUACAUCUUUAGGCAAGAUGAUGCCACUGUAUCCUUCAUUCUUGAUGUUACUGGCACAGACCCAGACAGUCUACAGAAACAGAUUUCUGGUGACAAGACUACACUGUCACUCAAGUUCAGAAGCGAAACCCUGAUCAAUGGAGAAACAGCUUCCGUGCCCUACUCGUUCUGUGUGGUGUUUGAACCUCCAUGCCAAAUUGGGGACAUGCAGCUGGAUGUGCAGGCUACAGAAACGGUCAUCCUCCUACAUAAAACAUCAACUUGCCAGGGAGAAUGGUCUCAUUUCAAGGCUGGAGUGUCCCAGAACAGCUUGGAGGAUAAACUUUUUCUGACAGAAGACAACGUCAGGCAUCACCUGAAGGAAAUGACUAAGAAACGCAGAGGUAAACGGCCAGCAUCUGCCCAUAAAAUUGGCAUGGACUGUGGUGUUAUUGAGGCAUCAGACAACAAGCUGGUCAUUGAGUUGGAGGCUAAAGUAAAUGGGGAUGCACUGUCAGAAGAUAAGAUGUCCGAUGUUGCACUGGGCACUGUCACAGACACGGUGAUAGAUGCCAUGAUAGGAGAGCUGUCUUCCACAGCAGCUGCGCUCAAGCUGGAUCUGAAGCAGGCAGAUUCAUCGCCGGGCAGCGACAACUCCAAUCCUUCCACGCCUUGCUCUCCCUCUGGCCUGAGGAGUGCCCUGAGGGACGGCAACCACAGCCACAGGACCCAGCGGUCCGUCAGCUUCAGCGAAGACGUGGUGGUGGAGACCAUGGUGAGAGGCAGUCCCAGCAAGGCCAGAGGCAAGAACAAACGGCACCAGCCGCCCAGACCCCGGCGGUUCAUCACGAAGCUCCGAGACACAUCCCAGAACCAAGGUGGCACCUGCAGCGACUCAGAGAUCCAGUAUUGGCGAGGGGCCAGAGGGAGGGAGGAGAAGGAUGAAGACGAGGACCAAGAUGAGGAGUUCCAAGAGGAGGUGGUCUUCCCGGAGUGGGCUGGACUGGAGAGACAAACCAGCAGCGACUCCAGCGGGGGAGAGUGUACAUCCCCGGCCCCUGACAGCAAGAAGAAGAAGAAGCCCAAAGCCAACAAGCGGCAGCGGAAGAAGAUGAACGCAGCCAAGAGGGCCAUGGCGUUGGACGAGGAUGAUGGGAGGAUGAAGGAGUCCUGGUUUGAGCCCAGGCAUCCCCUCCGCUCAGCCUCAUCUGAGGGAAGUCUGCCAACGUCCCAGAACCUCGCUGUCAAUGGAUACAAGGACAAGUUUGGGGGAAUGGAUGCUACCCACAAUCAAGGUCAAAAGCAGGGUCCAGCAAGGGAGCCCGUUAAUAAACGAGUCCAGACAGAAACAGACUCUAAGAUGCAAGAGGAGAAAUCUCAGGCUAACACCAAAAACGACGCAGAAGUGCCUCUGGAACUGCAAGAUCACAGAACUCAGAGCGCUGUGACUUUUGGCAAUCAAGUUAUGUUUGAGCUGGAUGAUUGAAGGUGGGGUACUGCAACAAAGGUUACACUGAGCAGGUUUGUCUCUAUUGUAAGUACCACUGAUCCUAAAAAAGUUGAUUUGUGCGAUGCCUUAUGCCAGUGUGUUGAAAUGAAAGUGUCAACAUCUCUAGCACGGUCAAACCGCCUUAAACCUUACCGCACAUACUUCUGUAGCCAUACACAGCAAUGUGCUCUGCCUCUGUUGAUAACCAGCUGUGCAACCAGCGUUAUGUUGAUAAGCCACUUGCCGACUAGCAUGCUUUGAGUCCAAGCAGUCACUGGUGGCAUUUUUCACUACAUCUGUCGCACAAAAAGUGUACCUCUAUACAAAUGUACACGUAUAUACAGUGGAAUGCUGCUAUAACGAAUACGAUGGGGUCCACGCUAAAUGCUCGGUUCAGUGGUCAUUUGGUAUAGCAAAUUUAUUGGCGAACAUUUCGUUGCCAUGUUGAAUAACGCCUUGUCUAACUGAAGUGCACCCUCUUGUGAUACUAUGGUGCGCUGU